AUGCUUCUUACCACGAGUGGGUACCAGCUUGCGCUAUUUUGCCUUCUGAUAAGAAGCUGUCAAGCUGUCAAGAACGGCGCCACGGAAAAGUUAAACGCUCAGUUAAUAAGUACGGUCCAGGAUACACCGAUUAGUAAUGUAUCAAUGAAUCAAGCACGCAACGGAGGAAGGCGUUUGACCAGCGAUGCGGGGAAAGGUGAGUUGCAUUUUUAUUUCAAAUUGAUUAAUUCAACAAUUCAUAGUUGACCAAAUAGAUUCAUUGUAUUCACUGAUCCUUUUAGCAAUAGGUCAAUAUGUCUAUUGCUAAAGUAUUGAUGAUAUAAUAUUGGAAUUAUAUAAUUCCAUAUAUAGGCACAUUUUCCAUAGACAAAAAUGGGAAUUAAAUCAAAUUAAAGUUGAAUCAUAGACUUGAAUGGGAGACUUGAGUGUUUGAAUGGGAGAAAAGUUCAAAGUUCAAGCAUUUGGAAUUGUGUUGGACUUCUUGUUAACUCCUGCUGCACAUCAGAUUACCCUGACCAUGCCACAGUAUUUGCAUGUCAUUAUCAUUUGAGGAGCGUUUAUUUAUUUUUGAGUUAGAAUUUUUGGGAUUACUCUAUUUUCUGCCUAAAGGUUUGACAGCAAGAUUCGUUUUUGACAAUAUGUAUCUGACAGAAGGUAACACUCUCUCUCUCUCCAUCACAGAGCAGGGCCAGGCACAGAGCCAAGUGGGCUGCAGAGAGCUCCGCUCCACCAAGUACAUCUCAGAUGGCCAGUGCACCAGCCUGAACCCGGUCAAGGAGCUGGUGUGUGCUGGAGAGUGUCUCCCCUCCCACCUACUGCCCAACUGGAUCGGCUCCGGCCCCGGCUACACCGGAAAGUUCUGGAGCCGGCGGGAGUCCCAGGAGUGGCGCUGCGUCAUCGACCGGACCCGGACCCAGCGCAUCAGACUGCAGUGUCAGAACGGAAGCUCCAGGACCUACAAGAUCACUGUGGUUACCUCCUGCAAGUGUAAACGCUACUCCAGGCAGCACAAUGACUCGGGGAAUGGAAAGUCAGAGGUGGAGGUGGGGCAGGCCCAGGGGCAGAGCUCCACACCCCAGGGGCCCAAGAGGAGGAAUGAAAAGGAAGGGAAGGAUGGACGUUCUGGGCAGGAGGACUGGGCUGAAGAACAGCCUAAAAAUUACUGA